UGUCGUUUUGUUGUAUCCUCUUGUAAACAUCACUUCUCACCCGACCCAUUUCAGCGCAAACCCAAACCAACACUGACCUUUUGCUUCUCCAAAUUCCUCUGAAGUUUGCGCCACUAUUCUCUUAGACUGCAACACUGAAUUCUUCACCUUAUUAUUGAAGCGGAAGUGUAGGUGUACCCUUCAAUUGACACUGCACAGCUUGCCUUCAUCUUUUUCUUUUCUUUGUUUUGCCCUGUCCUUUGAUUGAAUUGAUUAGCUUUUAUUGCUUAUUACGCGGAUAAUUUAUCAAAAUCAAGUUUUUAACUGUUAUCUCAAAAGGGUCUUUUCUUGGUGUUGUUUCAGGGUGUCCUGUUCCGUGCUUGAAAAUUUUACUUUGAGCCUUUGAUUGUUUCCGCAGAGACUUGUAGAUUGUUCUGUGUGAAUACAAAGGAAGUUUUUUUUUUCUUGUGUGUCAUUGUGGAUAUGGCUAUAGUUGAAUCAGUGGGGAAAAUUCCCUUGCAAGACCCACCGGAGGAGGAGUUUAGUGCUGCUGACUUGACUUGGACCAAGUUUGGCACUGCUGAACACCAUGAUGUCGUUGCCCUUAUUCCCUAUGACAGAGUUGAUGCGUUUAUAAUUGGUGAAUGUUCGAAUGUGGAGUGCCCCACUCGGUUUCAUAUCGAGAGAGGAAGGAAACGAACUAUUGGAAGCUUGAAGGAGUACAAGGAUGAUGAGUAUCUUGAGUACAGGCUGUACUGGUGCUCGUUUGGCCCAGAGAAUUAUGGGGAGGGAGGAGGUAUAUUACCAAGUCGAAGGUAUCGACUUAACACUCGAAAUCGUGCUGCUAGACCUCAAUCGAUGCGAGGUUGUACUUGUCAUUUUGUUGUCAAACGUCUUUAUGCUCGUCCAUCCCUUGCACUUAUUAUAUACAAUGAGAGGCGUCAUAUUAACAAGUCUGGUUUCAUCUGCCAUGGACCACUUGAUAGAGAUGCCAUUGGUCCUGGAGCCAAAAAGAUUCCUUAUAUAGGCAAUGAAAUUCAGCAGCAAACUAUGUCCAUGAUAUAUCUGGGCAUCCCAGAAGAGAAUAUCUUGGAGAAGCACAUAGAAGGAAUUCAACGAUAUUGUGGCUCAGAUGCAAAAGUCAAUAGCCUUGCUUCUCAGUAUGUCCACAAGCUAGGGAUGAUUAUCAAAAGGUCUACCCAUGAGCUGGAUCUAGAUGAUCAAGCUAGCAUCCGCAUGUGGAUUGAGCGCAAUAGAAAGUCUGUAUUUUUUCACCAGGAUACUUCGGAGUCUGACCCUUUCAUCUUGGGGAUCCAAACAGAAUGGCAGCUGCAACAGAUGAUUCGCUUUGGUCAUCGAAGUGUUGUUGCCGCAGACUCUACUUUUGGCGUGAAGAGACUGAAAUAUCCGUUGUUCACAAUUCUUGUUUUUGAUUCAAGACAACAUGCACUUCCUGUUGCAUGGGUCAUUACACGUAGCUUUGCAAAGCCUGAUGUGUCCAAGUGGCUCAAAGCUUUAAUUGAUCGAGCUCGCAGUGUUGAGCCUGGAUGGAAAGUCAGUGGAUUUUUAAUUGAUGAUGCUGCAGCUGAAAUUGAUCUUUUGAGAGAUAUAUUUUGCUGUCCUGUGCUAUUUUCUCUGUGGCGUGUCCGUAGAUCGUGGCUUAGGAAUAUUGUUAAGAAAUGCAGUACUAUUGAGGUUCAGCGGGAGAUUUUUAAGCGUCUUGGUACAAUAGUGUACAGUAUUUGGGGAGGCAUUAAUACAGCAAGUGCCUUGGAACAAUUCAUGUUGGAUUAUGUUGACCAAACUGCUUUCAUGGAAUACUUCAAAUCCUCCUGGUUGCCCAAGCUUGAAAUGUGGCUUUCAACAAUGAGAAAUUUUCAACUAGCCAGCCAGGAAGCUUCUGGAGCAUUAGAAGCGUAUCAUGUUAAACUGAAAGCCAAACUUUUUGAUGACUCACAUCUUGGAGCCCUGCAAAGAGUAGAUUGGUUAGUCCACAAGUUGACAACUGAGUUGCAUUCAAGCUACUGGCUUGAUCGCUAUGCAGAUGAAAGUGACUCGUUCCAGAAUGUGAAGGAAAAAUAUAUUCUCUCUACAUCAUGGCAUCGAGCACUUCAAAUUCCAGACUAUGCUGUUACCUUGGAUGAUAGAGACCACCUCUUUGCCAAGGUUGUGAGCCAAAAAGAUAUUAGCUUAACUCAUCUAGUGUGGAAUCCGGGAUCUGAAUUUGCAUUCUGUGAUUGUUCUUGGUCAAAGCAAGGUAACCUUUGCAAGCAUGUCAUCAAAGUAAACAUGAUUUGUGAAAAUCUUAAAGGUUAUCAACCUUCCAUGUCUUUCCGGUCUUUUGAAGAGGUUUUGAUGGAUUUAUGGAGAAAACCAGUGGAUGAUUCAUUUGCAUUAGAUUUGUCAUUGGCGUGCACCCAUCAGAUGCUAGAUCAAAUCCAAAAGCUUGUUGAACUGAACAAUUCUACUGAUAUUGGCACUGUAGUUAACAAUAUGCCUCUGAAAUGGGUUUCUAAGAAAAGCAGAACCUGCAUUGGCAAACCAUCUUCAAGUUUGGCUCUUCCUCAUGGUAGCAGUAACACAAAAAGUGUUGUUGUGCAUAAGAAGAAUCGGAAACGGAAAAGAUUGUCACGAUUAAGAUGACCAAUUUGACCAGUACCAUAGUCAUUAUGGUUGACCUAGAUUCUAGAAUGUCUGACCAAUGCAAACUGGAGUUAUUUCCAAAUAUUCUGCUAGUUUUAUAAUGUCUGACUUUCUAGUUC